AUGAAGCCUUCCACUUCCGCCGUGCUGGCCGCCCUCUUUGGGUUGAGCGCUGCUCAGUGUGCCAGGGACAACUGCCUGCGAGCUAUUGCGGCUAGUGCUUUCACAACCAGGAGCGGUACCGCCGACUGCUCCAAGUUUCUGCAGGUGACUGUAUUCCCCAGUGCCGCCACUUCCACCGUGACAGUCACGGCCGCGACCAGCGGCGUCUUCACGUCGACCGUCACCGUCACCGAUGCCGCCCCGGGUCCCGUCGAGACGAGCUUCGUCGUCGAAACCGCGCUGGUGUCCGCCACGGAGACCAGCCGCGUCGGCAUCACCCAAGUCACCACCGUAGCCACCGAGACCGUCGUCGUGCCCACAACCGUCCUGGUCGCCAGCACCCGCACCCUCGUCUUCGGCACCACGCAGAUCACCACCGUCGCCACCGAGACCCAGACCAUCUUCGAGACCAUCGCUCUCAAGAAGCGCCAGGGCCCUGUGACCGCCGUCUCUUCCAACACGUUCCCGGCCUACGCCUCGGCCUGCAGCUCCGUGGCCCGCUACGCCUCGGCCUGCUCGUGCCUCGGCGUCUUGCCGAACACGGUGACCUCGGCCGCCGCCGUCGUAACCGUCACCCAGACGGUCCCAGCUACGAUCUUGUCCACCUCUGUCAUCACAGUCACCAUCUCCGCCAUCGGCUCGGCCUCGACCGUCGUGGCGACGACAACGACGACUGCCACUGCCCUCGAGACCAUUGUCCUCACCUCCACUGACUUCGACCCCGUGACUGCUACCGUCUCCGUCGGCAGCACCGUCACGGAGGUGGUCGAGGAGACCACGGCUGUAACUGGCACGGUCUUUACCAACGCCACCUUCACGACCUUCGUUACGCGCACCUCGUCCGUGCCGCCGGUGUUCAACACCACUACCGUCACUUCAGUCAGCGCUUCGUCUUCGGCCUCCUCGUCCGAGACGUUCAGCUCCACCAUCUUCCCCAACAGCAGCAGCACCACUGUCACCGUUUCGGAGACCUCUUCCACCUUCACGUCGACGUUGUUCCCCAACGUCACCUCCACCGAGUCCAGCAGCUCUGCUUCGACCGAAUCGGUGACCUCGACUCUGUUCCCUAACACCACCACCAUCACCUCCGAGUCCACGACCAUCACGUCUAGCAUUGUUUCGACCACCGUCUUCCCCAACACUACAACAUCGUCAUCCGUGGAGACCGUGACGAGCUCCUCCUUGUCGAGUCUGUUCCCCAACAUCACCUCGACCGAGUCUUCGUCCGCUUCUUCCACUCUUUUCCCCAACAGCACGACUGUUACCCUCUCGGAGACGUCCUCCACACUGAGCUCGACUUUGUUCCCCAAUGUCACGUCCACCGAGACUUCUCUGUCUGCUUCUUCGACACUUUUCCCCAACGUCACUUCGACUGAGACUUCUCUGUCUUCUUCUUCGACAUUGUUCCCCAACGUCACUUCGACUGAGACCUCCAUCUCGGCUUCUUCAACUUUGUUCCCGAAUAUCACUUCGACAGAGACUUCUCUCUCCGUCUCGUCGACUUUGUUCCCGAACGGCACGUCUACCAGGAUCUCAAUCACGGCCUCUUCCACUCUCUUCCCUAACGUCACUUCGACCGAAACUUCUCUGUCUUCUUCUUCCACAUUCUUUCCCAACGUUACUUCAACCGAGACUUCUCUGUCUGUCUCCUCGACCUUGUUCCCCAAUGUCACCUCGACCGAGACUUCUCUGUCCUCUUCUUCGACUUUGUUCCCGAACGUUACCUCGACCGAGACGUCCCUGUCCGUCUCUUCGACUUUCUUCCCGAACGUCACGUCUACUGAGACUUCUCUGUCGGUCUCGUCGACCCUCUUCCCUAAUAUCACCUCCACCGAGACCUCAAUCUCGGCGUCUUCGACUCUCUUCCCGAACAUCACGUCAACGGAGACCUCUCUGUCCUCCUCGACCUUGUUCCCGAACGUGACCUCCACCGAGACCUCCAUCUCAGCCUCUUCCACCCUCUUCCCCAACACCACCACCUCGGAGAGCAUCACCGUCUCGCCGACUUUCUUCCCCAACUCCACCGUCACCUCGGACGUCGAGACGACGCCCUUCCCCACGUCGACCGUCUUCCCCAACGUGACUGCGUCUGAGACCUCGCUCUCCUCCACCCUGUUCCCCAACAGCACGAUCGCCAGCGAGACCUCGACCGUCCUCCCCACGUCGACGCUCUUCCCGAACUCGACGGCCGUUGAGUCCUCAAGCUUCACGAGCCUCUCUUCCUCCUUCUCCGUCGUCUUCCCCAACACCACGUUCGUCCUCCCGACCAUCACCACCACGGACGCCUCGGAGACGUCGCUGCCCACCGUCACAAUCUCUCCCAACAGCACGACGGCAGCCACUGACGACGCCACCAUCACCCUCACCAUCAUCAGCUCGUCCAGCACCACCCUUGAGGCGACGACCACGGACGACCUGAGCUCGGCCUCCGAGUCCUCGACCGCGACCACCUCCUCAACGGGCGAGUCAUCUUCAGCGUCCGAGUCCUCAACAGCCACCACCUCCUCCGCGGGCGAGUCGACCUCGGCGUCCUCGAGCGAGAUCAGCACCUUCAUCACGAGCACGACCGCCACCGGCACGACAACCACGACCGCUUCGUCGACCUCCUCCUCCGCGACCCCGACCUCGACCGAGGUCUUCGCCCGCAACCUCUGCCUCCGCGUCGCCAGCGGCGACAACUCGGGCUCCGUCGUCGCCCUCGGCACCAACCGCUUCAACAUCAAGCCCAUCGGCACCCUCCCCGUCAGCUUCGACCUGAACCUCGCGACGGGCGAGCUCUUCCAGUCCGACGGCCAGACGGUUGCCGUCCCGGCCCCUUACGACGAGGACAACCGCCCCGUCAACGGCUUCACGCCGCGCCAGGUCCUCGUCCGCAAGCUCGCGCCCCUUAUCUGCCAGACCAACGGCGUGUCCCUCACCGUCGGCGUCCCGCUCAACUGCACGGCCUCCGGCAACGACGGCGUCAACAGCAACACCUACGCCCGCUUCUUCUUCAACCGUAACUCGGCCGACUCGGUCCUCCGCAUCGCCACGUCAGCGCGCUCCUUCACGCCAAACAACCGGGAGAUCACACUGGCCCCCUUCGACGCCGCCGACUGCGUUUAA